AAACGGCGGCGCUGACGUCGUCGUCGGCUUCUAUCUCUCAAAGCCGCGGCCUUUUAAGGAAGCGCGACGGUAAUGCAAAACAACCCCAUUGCCGCUCCUACGCUAUCCGAUUCGGCGGCGAAUUUGAUCGAUUCGGACAAGAAGUUUUGGGGUAGGCAUGGUUUUGGUGGAUGCGUGCUCCUUCACAAGCACCUACUUUUAGCUUUCAUGGGUUGUUGUUUGGGACUCCUUGCUGAAACCAGAUCAAGUUCAGAAAGAACAUUGAAGUCACCCUUAAAAAGAGAUCAAUCUUUAAUAGGUUGGGGAAGCCAGUGGUCAUCAAGUUCUAGAGAAAUGGAAAAUAAUGUCAACAACAUCAGCUUGCUUGAUACCCACCGCCCUUCAACUCCCAUAUCUGCUUGCAAGGACAUCAAGGCUGCAGUGAUCAAUACAAACAACCAUUCCUUUGUCAAUCAAGGUGCUAUAACUUGGAAUGAGAUGAGACGAGAAUGGUUAGGAGACAGUUCAAACAGGUGGAGAAGACGGAGCGAACCAUCAAUCAGCUGGCUCUCAACGUAUGAUGAUUUGCUAUCGACGACUCAACCUUUCCCACAGGCCAUUCCAUUAUGGGAAAUGGUAGAUUUUUUAGUUGAUAUCUGGCAUGAAGAAGGGCUUUACGACUAGGUGACUAUACCAUACAUAGCAGAAUUUGAACAAAUGAAUAGUAUUGUCAGCUCGGAAGCUCAUUAGACUUGGCAACUGGAGAUUUUUAUGUAGGUAACUUAUUGGACUCUGAUCUAAUGACAAUUUUUACUAGCAAAAGCUUGUUGAACUUGUAUAUUAUUUGUUUGUUAUAACUAAAUCCUUUUAAAUCGGUCUUCUUUUAUCCAUGUUUUGAAGAUUUGGCUAACUAAGACCUUGUUGCAAAUUGCUUCCAUGCUUCUUGUUGGCUCUUAUUAUUUUGCA